CCUGUGCCACGGUUAGGACCGUCACAUUAUCAGUCUAACGAGUGAGACGAAAGGCAUCAAGGAGUCUAGGCAAUUUAAUAUUUAUUAUUACAAUUAUUAUUUAAUCUUCAUAAAUAAAUAUACGCAAAAAUAAAAAUCCUCAGUCUAGUCGUGAACUAGAGAUUUAAAAAAAAUUUUUUUUCUUUUUUGAAAAAUAUUUAUCAUUAAAUAAUAAUUUAAUAAAAUUUUCAAAUAGUAAAAAAAAAGAUAAAUAAUUUAUUUUGAAUGUUUUGUGGUGGUUAUUUUAUUUGGUGACGAUAUUAAGUGAAAAAAAAAAUAUAUAUAUCUAAUUAAAUAAAUAAAUAAGAGGGCAGGUCAUUGCUCAUAUCACAGCGUGCUUAAGGAUGUCCUGGUAGCGCAGGAGAAUCGCAUCACUCCCUGGCGAGUCGCGAGAAAGAGAUGGCGUGGAGAUUAUCCUACGAGCACAGCACUCGAACGAGCACGAUACUUCUCGUCCUGCUGAUACUGUUCGAUGCAACAUUCGUAUGGGAGCAGGUACAUGCAGCUCCGGCAAAACGCAACGACGUUGUAGCGGGGACGGAAUUCUUAAGUGUAUUUAUAAACGGUGCAAUGGCACCAACACCAAGGCGUCGAGGUUUCAGACGUAAUCAACAGACGGUACAGGACAAUGCAGUAGCUGAAUCCCGUCAGAGUGAGGCAUCCAUUUACCGGAUAUCACGCGCGCCCUCGAGUCCAAGGCCAACGACAUCGCGACCGAGUCACCGGGAAAUCGGCGCGAAACUUUAUCCAGUUAGUCACAAGUCUUUGGAUGAUAAUCGAGAUCAUACCCAUGCAUCUGAUGAGUUGGGAACUGAAGAUGUUGUGCGAUUGAAACCUCUUAUUUCGGUGACGCAUCAACCGACUAUUUUACGUGUCAUUAAUGGAACAAAAUCAAAAAAUAUCAGUAGAAAAGUUAUUGGGGUUAGCGUGACAUCUACAGUUGAGGCAACGCCCUACAAAGUUAGAGUUGAGCAUUACGAUAAUGAUCAAUUGACAAUGAUAACCAGACCGCCAAUUAGCGGCUCAUCUUUGUCGUCAGUCAGUAGUAAUUUAGCAGCAACUGGUACCGCUAAAUCGGUAUCCAUGAUUACGACUGCUGAAACUUCAACAAUUUCGACGCCCACAAAAACGUCAACAGUUAAAACGACUUCGACCCUAAUUCCAGCAAAAUUAGUUACUGAAGAACUCAGCAAUAUUGUGUCGGAAUCGAAUCGCAGCGAGUUUUCGGUAGACGAAGGCCUUCCGCGAACCAGUUGGCGAGCAAGAUCAUCUGUAACACCAGAAUCAAUUAUCGCUCACUCAGUGCCAUUUUCAACGUCAUCGAGUUUCCCGAAAUCUCAAGAUCACAAAGACUCGCUGGAAAUGGCAACGAGUUCAGAGCCUGUUGAACAGAGUUACGAAUUAUCUGAAGAGAAUGAGGAAAUUCAUGAGGUUCAAAAUGUCGGUCAUUUACAAGGCCGUAAAGCUGGCAGACAUUAUGACAGUCCUCUGUUCAACCAACCACCGAAAGUUUAUCCACAACCGUCGAAAAUUUACGGAAAACCUUCACGUAUGUACGGAGAGCCUUCAAAAAUUUACAGCGAACCAGCUAAAAUUUACAGUGAGCCUGAAAAAGUUUACAGUGAACCAUCAAAAAUUUAUUCGGAACCUUCGAAAAUCUAUAGCGAGCCUUCGAAAAUUUACAGCGAACCUUCAAAAGUUUAUAGUGAACCUUCUAAGGUUUAUGGGGAACCUGAAAAAGUGUAUGGAGAACCAUCAAAAAUUUAUUCAAAACCUGCGAGAGUUUACAGUGAACCAGCUAAAGUCUACGGCGAACCCGCCAAGGUGUACAGCGAGCCAAGUAAAAUUUAUGGACUAGACGGUCAGCCAAUUAACCAUGAGCCCGAGGAGGAAAACUAUGAAGUUGAUGAAGCUGUAAGUGUUGGCAGCAAUGGAAACGUUCACGGUCCUCAAGGAGUAACAGAAGCGCCGAAUUCAUCGUCGGCAGUUGAUGCCGGAUCAGAAGAUGGCCACAACAAAGUUGGUUACGUUGUUGAGGGCAGAAAUUAUCGCAAGUAUCGCGUUGAAGAACGGACACCUGAUGGAUUCAUUGUCGGUGAAUAUGGUGUCGUUAGUCAUGAUGAUGGUUCAUUACGCGGUGUUCGCUACACUGCCGAUGGAACCAUAAAUCCACGGCUAAUAUACGAUGCAUUGAUGAAAUUUCUUGCUCUUUAAUAAAAACACACGUUCAUAAUAAUAAUAACGUUUUAUAGCAUAAUAUGAUGAAGGGAAGUUUAAAUGCCGUUUACAUAUAGGCAAUAACGAACACGACUGAUUAUUAUUUUCUUCGCUCUUGCCAACUCAACUGCCUCAACUUGUAAUAUUAAAUAAGUAUAUAUAUAUACUAUAUAUAUAUAUCUAUACAUGAAUAUAGAUUGUAAGAGUUUUUCCCUUUCACCCUUGACAAUAUGACCUUUUUCAUUUUGAUAUAAUUCUCAAUUGCUAGUUAAUUCCUAUUUUAUUAUUAUUUUUUUUAUUGGUAUCAAAGGAAUCAUUAAUGAUUCUUAUAAAUAAAAAUGAAAAAAAUGCAUCUAUCAAUAACGGUCAAUUUUCCUACGGUUUCAUUAUUAUACAGAAACACGAGAUUAAGUUUUCUCGAUAAUGCCAGAUUGAAGGCUUCGUUUUUAUUAUCGUUUAAUAUAGUGAGAAAUGAUGUUCAAUCUACCCUUUCGCACGGUAGAGUUACGUCGUGACUUAGCUUACGGUUAAAAUUAUCCUACCUUAUAUUAUUAUCAGGUUUCGUUAUUGUGGAAUUAUUAAAAAUUUAUCGAUGCUAAUGAUCAUCAUCAACAAGAUGCAUACAAGUCAAGAGUGUAUGCGUCUUGUUGUUUUUUUUAUGUAGAAACGCUUCUGUGACGAAGAGGACACCGAAAAAAAUAAAAAAAAUUAUAUCUCGGGUCAAAAAAAUAACUUGAUUUUGACGUAAUUUUAAAAAUUGAAAAUAAAGCAAUUCUAGCAAGACAAAAGCAAGUCAAGUUUAAGUUCUUUUUUUAAUGAAUGAAAAACAUAUUUUUAAGACAUGAAAACACAUUUGGUUUUGACUUGCUUUUGACUACAUCGUCUUACUUAGUUGACUUAAAUUUAAGUCAUUGAAAUCUAAUCCGAAUCAACGUGACUUUAAUUUGACGUAAAUUUAAAAUUAUUGAAGUCAAAUUCAAAUCAAUGUGACUUUAAUUUGACUUAGUUGACUUAAAUUUUCAAGUUAAAAAAGUCAUAUUGGAAUUAAAAAAAAUUAUAGCCCACUCAGAAAAUUAAGUGAUUAUGUUUAUUAUGCUAAAUUUUUAAUUCCAAUCAUCUAGAAUGAUUAGAACGUUUUUCAAUGCAAAAAUAGUUAGUGUUAUAAAGUUAGUAACUAGUACUAACAAAUAUAGUUAGUGUUAAUUUUUUUUAAUAGAAUUAAUAAUUAUUGGAUGAUAACUUCUGCAAUAAAUUCCGUAAUAGUUACUAUCAGGAUGGUAACAAUUAUAAUUUCUGAUGGUAACUGUUACCAUCUGGAUUAUAUAUAUAACUAUUGAGGGGAUUCUACGGUUUCCGUGGCGCCGCUAAAUGACCAAAAAUUCUUGUAGAACUCGACGAAAUAAGACUUUCUUAACGAAUAAAAUUUUUCGAUAUCUUGCUUAGUUUUUGAGAAAAAUGUAUUUCGAAAAAAAAGCGAAUUUUUUCAAAAAAGUAAAAUAUUUCAUAGAUCUAAUAUCUUCAAUUUUUUUUCCGAAAAGUACGUUUAAAGAUGAAAAUUUCAAAAAAAAAAAAAAACGUCUGAAUUAGUCCAUUUUUGAAGAAGUUAUGGCUAUUUGAAAAAAAGUCUUAUUUCCUCGAGUUCCACAAGAAUUCGCGAUCAUUUGGUGGCGCCACGGAAACCGUAGACUUCCCUUACAAUCUAGAUGAUUUAUACAAUCAUCUAGAUAAUAUUCACUUCUAUCGUACUGAUGGUCAAAAAUUUUACCAUAACUAACUAGUAAUUCCUAUUAUUUAAUUUUCUGAGUUCAGUCAAAAGCAAGCCAAAUAAGUCAAAAUCGAGUUAUUUUUUUGACCCACGAUUAUACAUAAGCCAACUUGUCGCGGCAGCGUUUCCGCUGUUAUGUGCAUGCAUAUUAGAACAAAAUAAAUAUGUAUAAUGUAAGUUUUAUUAAAUAAACCCCUAGUCAAAAGUCUCAAUUAGUGAGAAAUUUUGUGGGGUCCGUAAUUGUUAUUUUAUUUUAAUUAAUUAUUAAUUAUUACGAUUAUUAUUUUAUUUUAGACUCCUCUCAUUACCUCAAUUAUUGAGAUAGUUUUAUUUGCUUUUUAUCUAGCAAUUGAAGUUGUGAUUAUCGUGGUAUGGAUAAUGUCUUUUUAAAAUGAAAAAAAAAUUUUUUUUAAAUUUGUCGUAAUUUUUUUUUUCAUAAUUAUUAAUGAGGAAUAUAAAAUUUAUGUUUAAAAAUUGUAAAUUAAAUUUUUGAUGUGAAUGUUUAAGCGGUGCUUGAAAUGCAAUUAUCGGCAAUUGCAAUUGAUAUUUUUAUUUAUAUUUAACAUUAAUAUGAUGAAUGUAAUUUUAUUUAUAUAUAUUUUUAAUGUCGGAAGUAAUUAUAAGAACGAUUAAAUGUGCUAUUGUAAAAUUUAAAAAAUGUGAUGGUAAACUUCGAAAUACAAGUGUUCUUAAAAAUAUUUAUUUAUUAAUUUAAUGAAACAAAAAUUUUUUAUUUAAUUAUUGUAAUAAAUUUAAAUUAAUUUAUUGUAUUACAUUUAAAUAAAAUUGGAAGAAUGUUAAUUGUAAUUAUGAUAAAUAUGAAUGGAAGGUAUGUAGAAUAAAUAAUUUUAAAAAUACUUGUAUGUACGAUGUACGUAUAUAGCCAUUGGCGACUGAUACUCGAUUGUAAUUUUGUAUAAAUAAUCUGUAAUUGUACACAGUCAAGAAUGCUCAAGCGUAAUUAUUAAUAUAAUAAUUAAGCUUACUCAUUUAUUUUAUAAAUCAUUAUUCAAAUAUUUAAAUAAUUCGUUAAAAAAAAAAAAAUUAUCAUUCGUAUUUUCUGCUAUUGCUCAUACUUAAUAAUCAGCAAAAAAAAAUUUUAAAUCAUAAUACGUUUGUAAUUUUAGUCAAUAAAAUUAUCAAAAAUGAGUGUAGGUAUUAUAAUUAUUAUUCAUGAAAUAAUGUGCCACCAUUAGAAAAAAAAACGUUUUGUAAUAAAUUUGUCAUUUGUAAAAAAUAAUUUUAUCGAUUUUAUUUAUUUACUAUAUAAGUUUAUAAUUAUACACUGAGAGAACAAUUUAUUUGAACCCAAUAAAUAGAUUUCUUUGAAACCACCCGUGUGAAAAAAUUUGUUGAAAAAGGGUUAAAAAGUGACUAUUUUAAACUUCAAAACGUGACACAAUGACAAACUUUUUUUAAACGAUUUUCAAACUUCUGAAAAUACACAGAAAAAAACGAUUGACUUAAUACUACAAAUUAACAUUUUUCAGAGCAAAAUACGUUCAGAAAAAACUCAUUUCGAACUAUUUCUAAACGUUUUUCGUUUUAGCAUAUCUUAAUAAUAUAAGGAUAUUUAUUGAUUUUUCUCUUGAUGUUUUAAAAGU